AUGAAACUCACUUCGUUCUAUACCAUUCUCAGCCUGGCGGCUGUCGCCGUGGCCAACCCUGUGGCGAACCCUGAGGCUGAAAACGCUCUGGAAGGUUUUGAGAAGCGCCAGUCGUGCCCCAUCUCCCUCGUCACCAGCUGCAAGGGUUACUGCUACGAUAAGUGGUGCGCCGGCUGCGGCAGCUACCAGCCUUGCCUCAACUCGUGCGCGGCCAACAAGAACAAGUGCUACAAUUGCUGCGGCACAAAGUGCACCACCUGCUAG